CUGCGGGCUCCGCCCCCCAGAGGCUCUGCGCAGGCGCAGUGGCCGCUACCGCAGGCAGGGGGCGGCAACAUGGCGGAGUGAGCGGCGGCGUCGGGGCUUCACAACAACAGUGGCGCCGGUAGCGGCGGCGGUAACAGCGUCAGUCGCGUCGGCCCGGCCUGAGCUCCAGCACCGGCCUGCGCUGUGGCCAACUGCCCGAGCCCCUGGGCUCUGCGGCGCGGGGGCAGCAUCUCCGCGGGGGGCGGGCCGGAGCCGGACGGACCGGGAGGAGGAGAGAGGAGAGGAGGCAGCGGCGGCGGCACAGCUGCUGGGCGGGCACUGCCGCUCGCCGGGCAGCGGUUAGCGGCGCCGCCACCGCCGGGAAUAAGCCUGGGAAUAAGCCGCCGCCUGUGCCGGGGAGGGCGCCGGGGCCGGCCGGGCUGAGGCGCUGGUGGAUGCUGGGCUCCGAGGCGACGGCCGGGGGGCGGGGGCCGAGGCAGGUGUAACGGUACCCGCGGAGGCAGCGCCGCUGCUCUUGCCUUCUCCCCAGGAGGGGGGCAAAUGGCGAGCGAGAAAGCGGGCCCGGGCCCGGGGCUCGAGCCUCAGCCCGUGGGGCUCAUCGCCGUCGGGGCCGGAGGCGGCGGGGGCAGCGGCGCAGGCGGCCCGGGGGGCAGCGGGAUGGGGGAGCUCAGGGGGGCGUCCGGCUCCGGCGCGGUGGUGCUGCCUUCGGGGAUGAUUAACCCUUCGGUGCCGAUCCGUAACAUCCGGAUGAAAUUCGCAGUGUUGAUCGGACUCAUACAGGUCGGAGAGGUCAGCAACCGGGACAUCGUGGAGACGGUGCUCAACCUGCUGGUUGGUGGAGAAUUUGAUUUGGAAAUGAACUUUAUUAUCCAGGAUGCUGAGAGUAUAACUUGCAUGACAGAACUUUUGGAGCACUGUGAUGUAACAUGUCAAGCAGAAAUAUGGAGCAUGUUUACAGCCAUUCUACGAAAAAGUGUUCGGAAUUUACAGACUAGCACAGAAGUUGGACUAAUUGAACAAGUGUUGCUGAAAAUGAGUGCUGUAGAUGACAUGAUAGCAGAUCUUCUAGUUGAUAUGUUGGGGGUUCUUGCCAGCUACAGCAUCACUGUCAAGGAGUUGAAGCUUUUGUUCAGCAUGCUGAGAGGAGAAAGUGGAAUCUGGCCAAGACAUGCAGUAAAAUUAUUAUCAGUUCUUAAUCAGAUGCCACAGAGACAUGGUCCUGAUACUUUUUUCAAUUUCCCUGGUUGUAGUGCUGCGGCAAUUGCGUUGCCACCCAUUGCAAAGUGGCCUUAUCAGAAUGGCUUCACCCUAAACACUUGGUUUCGUAUGGAUCCAUUAAAUAACAUUAAUGUUGAUAAGGAUAAACCUUAUCUUUAUUGUUUUCGUACCAGCAAAGGAGUUGGCUACUCUGCUCAUUUUGUUGGCAAUUGUCUAAUAGUCACAUCACUGAAGUCCAAAGGAAAGGGUUUUCAACACUGUGUGAAAUAUGAUUUUCAACCACGCAAGUGGUAUAUGAUCAGCAUUGUUCACAUUUACAAUCGAUGGAGAAACAGUGAAAUUCGGUGUUAUGUUAAUGGACAGCUGGUAUCCUAUGGUGACAUGGCUUGGCAUGUUAACACAAAUGAUAGCUAUGACAAGUGCUUUCUUGGAUCUUCAGAAACUGCUGAUGCAAAUAGAGUGUUUUGUGGUCAGCUUGGUGCCGUGUAUGUAUUCAGUGAAGCACUCAACCCUGCACAGAUAUUUGCAGUUCAUCAGUUAGGACCUGGAUAUAAGAGCACCUUCAAGUUUAAAUCUGAGAGUGAUAUUCACUUGGCAGAACAUCAUAAACAAGUUCUGUAUGAUGGGAAGCUUGCAAGUAGUAUUGCCUUUACAUAUAAUGCGAAAGCCACUGAUGCUCAGUUAUGCCUGGAAUCAUCACCAAAGGAAAAUGCGUCAAUUUUUGUACAUUCUCCACAUGCCCUCAUGCUUCAGGAUGUGAAAGCUAUAGUAACACAUUCAAUACAUAGUGCAAUUCACUCAAUUGGAGGGAUUCAAGUGCUUUUCCCACUUUUUGCCCAAUUGGAUAAUAGACAACUCAAUGAUAGUCAAGUGGAAACAACUGUCUGUGCUACUCUAUUGGCAUUCCUGGUUGAACUACUUAAAAGUUCAGUAGCCAUGCAAGAACAGAUGCUGGGUGGCAAAGGCUUUUUAGUCAUUGGCUACUUACUUGAAAAGUCAUCAAGAGUUCAUAUAACUAGAGCUGUCCUGGAGCAAUUUUUGUCCUUUGCAAAAUACCUUGAUGGUUUAUCUCAUGGAGCACCUUUGUUAAAGCAGCUUUGUGAUCACAUUUUAUUCAACCCAGCCAUCUGGAUACAUACACCUGCAAAGGUUCAGCUUUCCCUAUACACCUAUUUGUCUGCUGAAUUCAUUGGAACUGCUACCAUAUACACCACCAUACGAAGGGUAGGAACAGUAUUACAACUAAUGCACACGUUAAAAUACUACUACUGGGUCAUUAAUCCUGCUGACAGUAGUGGUAUUACACCUAAGGGAUUAGGUGGCAACCAGGGGCUCAAACCCAGGUCCUUGUGCAUUGUAAAGUGUGCUCCACCAGAUGGUCCCCGACCAUCACAAAAAGAAAUUAUAUCACUACGGGCAUUUAUGCUGCUAUUUCUGAAACAACUCAUACUAAAGGAUCGAGGAGUCAAGGAAGAUGAACUUCAGAGUAUAUUAAAUUACCUGCUUACAAUGCAUGAGGAUGAAAAUAUUCACGAUGUGUUGCAGUUACUAGUGGCUUUAAUGUCAGAACACCCAGCCUCAAUGAUACCAGCAUUUGAUCAAAGAAAUGGAAUAAGGGUAAUCUACAAACUAUUGGCUUCUAAAAGUGAAAGUAUUUGGGUUCAAGCUCUGAAGGUUCUGGGAUAUUUUCUGAAACAUUUAGGUCACAAGAGAAAAGUUGAAAUUAUGCACACUCACAGUCUCUUCACUCUUCUUGGAGAAAGACUGAUGCUACAUACAAACACUGUGACUGUCACAACAUACAAUACACUUUAUGAGAUCUUGACAGAGCAAGUAUGUACUCAAGUUGUACACAAACCACAUCCAGAACCAGAUUCUACAGUGAAAAUUCAGAAUCCAAUGAUUCUUAAGGUCGUGGCAACUUUGUUAAAAAACUCAACACCGAGUGCAGAACUGAUGGAAGUACGCCGUUUAUUUUUAUCUGACAUGAUAAAGCUUUUCAGUAACAGUCGUGAAAAUAGAAGAUGCUUACUUCAGUGUUCAGUGUGGCAGGAUUGGAUGUUUUCUCUUGGCUAUAUCAAUCCUAAGAAUUCUGAGGAACAGAAGAUUACUGAGAUGGUCUACAAUAUCUUCCGGAUUCUUUUGUAUCAUGCAAUAAAAUACGAAUGGGGAGGCUGGAGAGUCUGGGUGGACACACUGUCAAUAGCCCAUUCCAAGGUCACUUAUGAGGCACAUAAGGAAUACCUAGCCAAGAUGUAUGAAGAAUAUCAGAGACAAGAGGAGGAAAACAUAAAGAAGGGAAAGAAGGGGAAUGUGAGCACCAUCUCAGGUCUUUCGUCACAGACAACUGGAGCAAAAGGUGGAAUGGAAAUUCGAGAGAUAGAAGAUCUUUCACAGAGCCAGAGCCCAGAAAGUGAGACAGACUACCCUGUCAGCACAGAAACUAGAGACUUACUCAUGUCAACAAAAGUGCCAGAUGACAUUCUUGGAAAUUCAGAUAGACCAGGAAGUGGCGUUCAUGUAGAAGUACAUGACCUUUUGGUUGAUAUAAAAGCAGAGAAAGUAGAAGCAACUGAAGUAAAGCUUGAUGAUAUGGAUUUAUCACCAGAGACUUUAGUAGGUGGAGAGAAUGGUGCCCUUGUGGAGGUUGAAUCGUUGUUGGAUAAUGUAUAUAGUGCGGCUGUAGAGAAACUCCAGAACAAUGUGCAUGGAAGUGUUGGUAUCCUUAAAAAAAAUGAAGAAAAGGAUAACGGUCCAUUGAUAACAUUAGCAGAUGAGAAAGAUGAACUUCCCAAUAGUAGUACAUCAUUCCUCUUUGAUAAAAUACCCAAGCAGGAGGAAAAACUCCUACCUGAACUUUCUAGCAAUCACAUUAUUCCAAAUAUUCAGGACACACAAGUGCAUCUUGGUGUUAGUGAUGACCUUGGAUUGCUUGCUCACAUGACUGGUAACAUGGAUUUAACUUGUACGUCAAGUAUAAUAGAAGAAAAAGAGUUCAAAAUCCAUACAACUUCAGAUGGAGUGAGCAAUAUUUCUGAAAGAGACUUGGCUACAUCAUCUAAAGGAUUGGAGUAUGCUGAAAUGACUGCUACAACGCUGGAAACCGAAUCUUCUGGUAACAAAACUGCGCCAAAUAUUGAUGCAGGAAGUAUCAUUUCAGAUACUGAGAGAUCUGACGAUGGCAAAGAGUCAGGAAAAGAAAUUCGAAAAAUCCAGACGACAGCUACUACUCAAGCAGUGCAGGGUCGGUCUAUCACACAACAAGACAGAGAUCUCCGAGUGGAUUUAGGUUUUCGAGGAAUGCCAAUGACAGAGGAACAACGGCGUCAGUUCAGCCCAGGUCCCCGCACUACAAUGUUUCGGAUUCCUGAGUUCAAAUGGUCUCCAAUGCACCAGCGGCUUCUCACAGACUUGCUUUUUGCCUUGGAAACAGAUGUACAUGUUUGGAGGAGCCAUUCCACAAAGUCUGUAAUGGAUUUUGUCAAUAGCAAUGAAAAUAUUAUUUUUGUACAUAACACAAUUCACCUCAUUUCCCAAAUGGUAGACAACAUCAUCAUUGCUUGUGGAGGAAUUUUGCCUUUGCUCUCUGCUGCUACAUCACCCACUACGGAAUUGGAAAAUAUUGAAGUGACACAAGGCAUGUCAGCUGAGACAGCAGUAACUUUCCUCAGUCGAUUGAUGGCUAUGGUUGAUGUACUUGUAUUUGCCAGCUCUCUAAAUUUUAGUGAGAUAGAAGCUGAGAAAAACAUGUCUUCUGGAGGUUUAAUGCGACAGUGCCUGCGACUAGUUUGUUGUGUUGCUGUGAGAAACUGUUUAGAAUGUCGGCAGAGACAGAGAGACAGAGGGAACAAAUCUUCCCACGGAAGCAGUAAAUCUCAAGAACCUCCCCAAAGUGUGACUGCUACUGCAGCUUCAAAGCCUCCAUUGGAAAAUGUCCCAGGCAACCUUUCACCUAUUAAGGACCCUGACAGACUUCUUCAGGAUGUUGAUAUCAAUCGUCUUCGUGCUGUUGUCUUUCGGGAUGUGGAUGAUAGCAAGCAGGCACAGUUCUUAGCUCUAGCUGUUGUUUACUUCAUUUCGGUUCUGAUGGUUUCCAAGUAUCGAGACAUACUAGAACCCCAGCGAGAAACUGCAAGGACUGGAAGCCAGCCAGGAAGAAACAUCAGACAAGAAAUAAACUCGCCAACAAGUACAGUUGUGGUCAUACCUUCUAUCCCUCAUCCAAGUUUGAACCAUGGAUUCCUUGCUAAGUUAAUACCUGAGCAGAGCUUUGCCCACUCCUUUUACAAAGAAACACCUGCUGCAUUUCCAGAUACUAUAAAGGAAAAAGAAACUCCGACUCCUGGUGAUGAUAUCCAGAUAGAGAGUACCAUUCCUCAUACAGAUUCAGGAAUUGGAGAAGAACAAGUGGCUAACAUCCUGAAUGGGGCAGAGAUAGAGGCUCAUACUGGCCCUGAUGCCAUGAGUGAAUUGUUAUCCACCUUGUCAUCUGAAGUGAAAAAGUCACAGGAAAGCUUAACAGAGAACCCCAGUGAAAUGUUGAAGCCAGCUCCAUCCAUAUCCAGCAUCAGUCAAACCAAAGGCAUCAAUGUAAAGGAGAUAUUAAAGAGUCUUGUGGCUGCCCCAGUUGAAAUCACAGAAUGUGGCCCAGAACCUAUCCCAUACCCAGAUCCAGCAUUGAAGAGAGAAGCGCAAGCUAUUCUUCCUAUGCAGUUUCAUUCCUUUGACAGGAGUGUUGUAGUGCCUGUUAAGAAGCCACCUCCAGGUAGUUUAGCUGUAACAACUGUGGGGGCCACUGCUGCCGGAAGUGGACUGCCAACAGGCAGUACUUCUAAUAUAUUUGCUGCUACUGGAGCUACACCAAAAAGUAUGAUUAAUACAACAGGUGCCGUGGAUUCAGGGUCCUCCUCAUCUUCCUCCUCUUCUAGUUUUGUGAAUGGUGCUACCAGCAAAAACCUUCCAGCUGUCCAAACUGUUGCCCCAAUGCCUGAAGAUUCUGCUGAAAACAUGAGCAUCACUGCAAAACUUGAAAGAGCUUUAGAAAAAGUUGCUCCUCUUCUUCGUGAAAUUUUUGUAGACUUUGCCCCAUUCCUAUCUCGAACUCUUCUGGGCAGUCAUGGACAAGAGCUAUUGAUAGAAGGCCUUGUUUGUAUGAAGUCCAGCACAUCUGUGGUUGAGCUUGUUAUGCUGCUUUGUUCUCAGGAAUGGCAAAACUCAAUUCAGAAGAAUGCAGGACUUGCAUUUAUCGAACUCAUCAAUGAAGGAAGAUUACUAUGCCAUGCUAUGAAGGAUCACAUAGUUCGUGUUGCAAAUGAAGCUGAGUUUAUUUUGAACAGACAGAGAGCUGAGGAUGUACAUAAACAUGCAGAGUUUGAGUCACAGUGUGCCCAAUAUGCUGCUGAUAGAAGAGAGGAAGAGAAGAUGUGUGAUCAUCUUAUUAGUGCUGCUAAACAUCGAGAUCAUGUAACAGCAAAUCAACUGAAACAGAAGAUCCUUAAUAUCCUCACAAAUAAGCAUGGUGCCUGGGGAGCAGUUUCACAUAGCCAAUUGCAUGAUUUCUGGCGUUUGGAUUACUGGGAAGAUGAUCUUCGUAGAAGAAGGCGAUUUGUUCGUAAUGCCUUUGGAUCCACUCAUGCUGAAGCGCUGCUCAAAGCUGCCAUAGAGUAUGGCACUGAAGAAGAUGUAGUGAAAUCAAAGAAGACAUUCAGAAGUCAAGCAAUAGUGAAUCAGAAUGCAGAGACGGAGCUUAUGCUGGAAGGAGACGAUGAUGCAGUCAGUUUACUACAGGAGAAAGAGAUCGACAAUCUUGCAGGCCCGGUGGUUCUCAGCACUCCUGCCCAACUCAUUGCUCCCGUGGUGGUGGCCAAAGGGACGCUCUCCAUCACUACGACAGAAAUCUACUUCGAGGUAGAUGAGGACGAUGCUGCCUUCAAGAAGAUCGACACAAAAGUUCUUGCAUACACCGAAGGCCUUCAUGGAAAAUGGAUGUUCAGCGAGAUACGAGCUGUAUUUUCAAGACGGUAUCUUCUACAAAACACUGCUUUGGAAGUAUUUAUGGCAAACCGAACUUCAGUUAUGUUUAAUUUCCCUGAUCAAGCAACAGUAAAAAAAGUUGUCUAUAGUUUGCCUCGGGUUGGAGUAGGAACCAGCUAUGGUUUGCCACAAGCCAGGAGGAUAUCACUGGCCACUCCUCGACAGCUUUAUAAAUCUUCCAAUAUGACACAGCGUUGGCAAAGAAGGGAAAUUUCUAACUUUGAAUAUUUGAUGUUCCUUAAUACUAUAGCAGGACGGACAUACAAUGAUCUUAACCAGUAUCCUGUGUUUCCAUGGGUGUUAACAAACUAUGAAUCAGAAGAAUUGGACUUGACUCUUCCAGGAAACUUUAGGGACCUAUCAAAGCCAAUUGGUGCUUUGAAUCCAAAGAGAGCUGUGUUUUAUGCAGAGCGUUAUGAGACUUGGGAAGAUGACCAAAGCCCACCCUACCAUUAUAAUACGCAUUAUUCAACAGCAACAUCUACCUUAUCCUGGCUUGUGCGAAUUGAACCUUUCACAACCUUCUUCCUCAAUGCAAAUGACGGAAAAUUUGACCAUCCAGAUCGAACUUUCUCAUCAAUUGCAAGGUCUUGGAGAACUAGUCAGAGAGAUACUUCCGAUGUAAAGGAACUGAUUCCAGAAUUCUACUAUCUGCCAGAGAUGUUUGUCAACAGUAAUGGAUAUAAUCUAGGAGUCCGGGAAGAUGAAGUGGUGGUAAAUGAUGUUGAUCUUCCCCCUUGGGCAAAAAAACCUGAAGACUUUGUAAGGAUCAACAGAAUGGCCCUGGAAAGUGAAUUUGUGUCUUGCCAACUCCAUCAGUGGAUUGACCUCAUAUUUGGCUACAAACAGCGAGGACCCGAAGCAGUUCGUGCUCUGAAUGUUUUUCACUACUUAACCUAUGAAGGCUCUGUGAACCUGGACAGUAUCACUGACCCUGUGCUUAGGGAGAUUCCAGAAGCUUAUUUCAUUAGAGAUCCCCAUACCUUCCUCCUUACAAAGGACUUUAUUAAGGCCAUGGAGGUACAGAUACAGAACUUUGGACAGACGCCAUCUCAGUUGCUUAUUGAGCCACAUCCGCCUCGGAGCUCUGCCAUGCACCUGUGUUUCCUUCCACAGAGUCCACUCAUGUUUAAAGAUCAGAUGCAGCAGGAUGUCAUCAUGGUGCUGAAGUUCCCAUCAAAUUCUCCAGUAACCCAUGUGGCAGCCAAUACACUGCCCCACUUGACCAUCCCUGCAGUGGUGACUGUGACCUGUAGCAGACUCUUUGCAGUGAAUCGAUGGCACAACACAGUAGGCCUCAGAGGAGCUCCAGGAUACUCCUUGGAUCAAGCCCAUCAUCUUCCCAUUGAAAUGGAUCCAUUAAUUGCCAAUAACUCUGGUGUGAAUAAACGACAGAUCACAGACCUUGUGGACCAGAGUAUACAAAUCAACGCACACUGUUUUGUGGUCACAGCAGAUAACCGAUAUAUUCUUAUCUGUGGAUUCUGGGAUAAGAGUUUCAGAGUGUACUCUACAGAAACAGGGAAAUUAACUCAGAUUGUGUUUGGUCACUGGGAUGUGGUCACAUGCUUGGCCAGGUCUGAGUCCUACAUCGGUGGGGACUGCUACAUCGUGUCUGGGUCUCGAGAUGCCACCCUGUUGCUCUGGUACUGGAGUGGACGUCACCACAUCAUAGGGGACAACCCAAACAGCAGUGACUAUCCUGCACCCAGAGCUGUCCUUACAGGCCAUGACCAUGAAGUUGUCUGCGUUUCUGUCUGUGCAGAACUUGGGCUUGUUAUCAGUGGUGCUAAAGAGGGCCCUUGCCUUGUCCACACAAUCACUGGAGACUUACUGAGAGCCCUGGAGGGACCCGAAAACUGCUUGUUCCCACGCUUGAUUUCUGUCUCCAGUGAAGGCCACUGUAUCAUAUACUAUGAACGAGGGCGAUUCAGCAAUUUCAGCAUUAACGGGAAACUUUUGGCUCAAAUGGAGAUCAAUGAUUCAACACGGGCCAUUCUCCUGAGCAGUGAUGGUCAGAAUCUGGUGACUGGAGGAGACAAUGGCGUGGUAGAGGUCUGGCAGGCCUGUGACUUCAAGCAACUGUACAUUUACCCCGGAUGUGAUGCUGGCAUCAGAGCAAUGGAUUUGUCCCAUGACCAGAGGACUCUGAUCACUGGCAUGGCUUCUGGUAGCAUUGUAGCUUUUAAUAUAGAUUUUAAUCGGUGGCAUUAUGAGCAUCAGAACAGAUACUGAAGAGGAAUGAAGAACCAAAAGCCAAGUUCAAGCUGAGAGCACAAGUGCUGCAUGGAAAGGCAAUACCUCUGGUGGGAAAAACUCGUCUGCAUCGACCUCCGUUUGAACAUUCCAUCACACCCAGCAAUAGCUGUACAUUGUAGUCAGCAGCCAUUUUACUUUGUGUGUUUUUUCACAACCGAACACCAGCUGCUACCAAGCAAGCUUAUAUCAUGUAAAUUAUAUUUAGGAGAUGUUUUGGUAAUUAUUUCAUAUCUUGUUGUUUAUUGAGAAAAGGCAGUAGGAUGCGUCACAAGAGACUUUUGACAAUUCUGAGGAACCUUGUGUCCAGUUACUACAAAGUUUAAGCUUUGAACCUAAUCUGCAUCCCAUUUCCAGCCUCUUUUCAAGCUGAGAAAAAUAUUAAAAAAAAAAAAAACACGUUUGAUACUUUGUACAUCAGAUGCAUCUUAUUUAAAGGGAUACUUUUGUAAAAGUAAAACCUUGUAUAAAGAACAAAAAAAGUUUUCUUAAUUUUAUUGUGGAGUUACAACCUGCAUGUUCUUUAACCCUGAUGUCUUGAUGGAACAGGUGCAGUCACACUAUGAAACAGAAAGAUCUGUCCAAGGACACAGCUUGUACAAAAAGGUUGAAUUUGGGCUCAGUCAGUAACUUUUGACAUUUUUCACCAAAAUAUGGUUUGCACUUUUUAAUCUAAACUCAUUUGUUCUGAGUGAAAUUUGCUCAUAAAGCAUUUGGAUACUAAGCCAUUAUUUGCUUUUGUUGGUACUUUCUACAAAGAAAAUUCAGCCCCACCCUUCGUAAUUUGAAGACACAGCAGAAAGGGGCCUGAGGGAUGAGGUCCUGGUUUUUACUAUAUAAUAGGAGUUAUGAUCAAUCACUAGUUCCAUAGUAAUGACUUCCCAACUCCUGGACAUCUCUUCCAGAGUCAUCCUGCUGGCUUACUGUGUGUACAUUAGGGGAGGAGAAACUGAUGUGAACUUUUUUGUUUCACUCUUUCUCUUUGGUUCCUGAAUAGCUUAGUUUCUUUAAUAACAAAUCAGACUUUAUUAUAAUAAAAAACUGAAGUUAUUCUUUUAGGUUCUUGUGAAGUUCUCACCCGAAGCCACAUUCUUAGCCUAAGGCAUUUCAUCUUUUCUGAUAUAAAAAUGAUGGCUAUCAGAUGAUUUUCCAUACAUUGUACUGAUCAAGUUCUACACCCAGGGGUAGACACACUUUAUUCGCGUUUCCUCUUUGUAUAUUUGGUGACUGUAUUGUCAUAGAUGUACAUAUCGUGUCGGUAGGGCUAUGAGGCAUGUUACAGGAAUGUAAUUUUCUCAGAAUUUACACUCACUUGCAGUCAUUUAUUUAAAAAGAUAAAACAAGAUAAUGGGUUCUUUGUAUUGGCACUUUGCACCAGAAACAUAUCAUUAUUUAUUGAUGUGAUUACUUAUUUGUUAUCCACCGUGUACUAGUAAGUUUUAGCACUGAAUUCCUUCCUCAUUGUCCUUUGUAUUUAUGAAAUUCUGAAAUUCCGGGGAAUCAGUGUAACGAUUAAGUUCUCCACCACCAGGCUGUAAGCAAUAUCUUGAGUUUGUAGCUUAGAAUCGGGAGGAUACUGAACAUCUGGAAGACAAGUUCAUUUCAUCUUGAGAUCAUGGUGAAAUAUUUUGGAUAUAGAAAUUCCUUAAGCUAUUGUAACCAUGUUUUAUUGCAAAGAUGUAAAAUAUGCCAGAUGUGUGUGAGUUGGAAAUCAAAAAAACCAGAAAAAUAAAAUAUGCAAAGAAUUCAA